AUGCACAGUGUUAGAGGAGUGGAUGUGUCUGAGCUGAGGAGGAUUGUGUCUGAGCCUCAUGAGGAGCAUCUGUUACUGGGCACUGACUACUCUCUGCUGGACACCAUGCUUCCCAAACUAUCUCGCAGAGUGUGUUUCACUGCCUCUGAACCCCCUCGUCCUGUGAAAACAUCACAGCCAGUUAAAGUGCGAGUUGUGGGUCCAAGAGACCUGCAGGUUAGUGAGCUGGCCCACAGUUCCCUCAGAUUGACAUGGACCCAGGCCACAAGUGAUGUCACCGGGUAUCGUGUCCUGGUCACCCCUCUCAACUCCAAGGGGCACCUCCUCCCCCUCCAGCAGAGACAGAUUGAUUUGAAGGCAGACGUGAGCACCACUGUGGUGACUGAGCUGAGUCCUAAAACCGAAUAUUCCCUCACUGUCUAUGCCAUCUACCCAAGCCUCAUCGGAGACUCUGCAACAACCACCGCCCAGACCACCCCUUUGCCUCAGGUGUCAAAUUUCCGUGUUAUAGAGGAGGGUCUCUUCUCUCUGCGACUGGGCUGGACGCCUCCUCUGGGGAAGCUAAACGGCUUCAAGAUCUUCAUUCCAAGAUCCAACAGACCAGGAUUUACCUAUGAGAACGUGCUGCCUGGAGACACCUCCUCUCAUGUUAUUGACAGCCUUGAAGAAGAUAAGAAAUACAUCAUCAGUAUUUAUGCUGUUUACCCCCAGGGACCAAGUGAACCAGUUUCAGUAGUGGGCAAGACAUUAAAGCUUAUACCAGUUAAGCUCUUCCUGGUCCAAAACGCCACCACAGACACUGUCCAGGGGAGGUGGGCUUCAGUUAAGGGUGCCACAGGAUACCGUCUGACAUGGGCAGCCCCAGAUGGCCACAUAGAGAACAUAAACCUUGAUGACACCUUUAACUUUUACAUGAUCCAGGGCCUAAAACCUGCCUCUGAGUACACCAUCACCAUCAACCCCAUCUUUGGAGACACAGAGGGGCCGGUCAUCACCACCACAGUCAAGACAUUGGAAAGCAGUGCAGUACAAACUUUGAAGGUGUCUGCUGUGAGCACAAGUGCUGCCGUCAUCUCAUGGAACAGUGUACCCGGAUCCACAGGAUACAGAUUGGCCUGGGGACCAACUCCAGAGUUUGUUGGUCGGGACCGGCCUAGGCAGUUGGCUCUUAAUAGCAGCACCAUAGAGUACCACCUGAAGAAUGUAGCACAUGAUACUGAGUAUGUCCUGUCUCUGUAUGUGCUGUUUGGACCUGUGGUGGGGCCUGGUAUCAGUGCUACAUUCAGAACGUCUCCUUUGGGCUACGUGUCAAACUUCAAGGUGACAUCUUACACCAGUAACUCCAUUGAUGUGGAGUGGAGUCCUAUUGUUGGAGCAACUGAGUACAAACUCACUUGGAACACAGGUGACAGCAGCCCUCAGUCCAGUUACCUGGACCGCAGUGUCUUAUUCCAUCGCAUCGGAGACUUGAACCCUCAGUCCACCUACACAAUCACCAUCUGUGCAGUGUACGGCAACUCAGAGGGUCCCGAAAUAUCCUUAUCCCAGCUCACAGCUGCUGACUCAGACUCAGGGCCAAUCCAAGCAGUGAGGGAAGUGAAGGUUAUGGACAUUGGAGUUAACUCCUUCUCCCUGACCUGGAGGAAAACACCAGGGGCAUCUGGGUACAAAAUCUCCUGGAUCCCCUUCCUAGGCGGUGAUGAGAAGUCCCAGGUAGUAUCAGCUGCUUCUACCACCUUCACAAUCAAGAACCUGCAGGAGAGCUCAGCUUAUAAGAUCCAAGUGUCCUCCAUGGUGGGCAAUAGGGAGGGAAGUCCAGUCCUGGUCACUGCACGCACCUUGGACCUCCCGAAAGUGAAUGGCUUUGCUGCUCUUAACACAACAGACAGCAGCACUAUCCUAAACUGGACGCGUGUGGCUGGUGUAUCUGGAUACCUUCUCUCAUGGAGGCACAUAUCAGUGCUGGACACAAAAACAGAGACCCUGGGCCCUGGCUUCAGCUCCUAUAAGAUCAGAAAUCUGCUGUAUGGAAGAACUUAUAUAUUUACCAUCAGGCCCUUGUAUGGAGAAAUGGAGGGCCCUAUCAGCACUGUGUAUCAGAGAAUAUUGGGACAGGAUCCUCUUGUUGCAACAGUCCAGUCUGUGCCAGUCACAGUCACCCCUCGCAUCACAACCGCCUCCAUCAAAAACACCACCAUCCACCAGACAGCCGUUAGAACCACCCGGCACCCCAUUGCAGUGCCACCAACCAAAUCAAUAACCACCAAGAAGCCUCCAGGUCAACCAAGUGUCACUGAAGCCAAACAGGCAGGAGUCCCCUCCAUUCGAUCAAGCACAGUCAGUGCACAGACCAAAGCUCCACAAAAACCAGCUUGUAGUAAGACAAAAGCAGACAUCGUUUUUCUAGUGGAUGAGUCCUCCAGCAUCGGGAUUGACAACUUUAACAAGAUGAAAGACUUCAUAUUUCGAGUGGCAACUUACUUCCCUGCCAUGGGUUCUCAGGCCACACAGAUAGCUGUGGUUCAUUACAGUGAUGAGCCUCGAAUUGAGUUCCGUCUGAAUGACUUCAAAGACAGAACCUCCGUGCUCAGGGCGAUCAGAGCACUGCGCUAUGUAGGGGGCAACACUAGAACUGGAAAAGGCAUCAGCUACGUUCUGCAGGAGCUGUUCCAGGAGUCUCUGGGGAUGAGGCAGGAUGUGGCCCACAUACUGGUCCUCAUUACCGACGGCAGAGCUCAGGAUAAUGUGGUGCCACCAUCCAGAAUUGCACGUGCUCUGGGUGUCAGCGUCCUCGCAGUUGGAGUUUCUAACGCGGACAUUGAUGAGCUGAAUAAAAUCGCUGCACCCACCAGCUACAAAAAUAUCUUCUUCUCACCGAGCUUUGACGACUUCCCAACUAUAGAGAGAGAAUUUAUCAACAGCAUCUGUAGCGAGGAGCUCCUGUCCGAGUAUAAAUUGAAUGAUGAGUCUGCUCAGUUAGACACUCCGACUGAAGACCCCGAGGAGCUGCUUAAGCCUCAGGGUCCCUGCACCUCCCAGUGUGCCAAGGGCCAGAAAGGGGAAAAGGGAGAUGGUUCUGGUUUUGGAGGUCUGAGAUUCAGACAAAGCCCUGGGCAGUAUGACCCCUUCACCUCUUCAAAAGGAGAGACCGGAGAAAAGGGACCUUCUGGAACAGAUGGAGUACCUGGGUUGCCAGGACGACCAGGAAGAACUGGACCCCCAGGUUCUGCCGGCCAACGGGGCACUCCAGGCGUUCCAGGUGAUAUGGGGCUUCCUGGACUCACUGGUCCAAAAGGACAGAGAGGAGAGAGAGGAGAGCCUGGAUAUGUCAUUGCUGGAGCAGACGCAAAUUAUGUUCCUGGACGGAAAGGAGAGCCAGGAUCUUCAGGACCACAGGGACCUCCAGGUGUACCAGGGGUCAAUGGAGCUCCAGGUCUACCUGGCCAGCCAGGGCCAUCAGGGUCACCAGGAAUAUCUGUUAAGGGAGAUCCGGGGGAACCGGGAGAGAAAGGUCUACGUGGGAAGCCGGGCGUGAAUGGAGACAAAGGAGAGUCGGGAAGAGAUGGUAUUGCAGGUUUGCCUGGUCCCAUUGGUAUUGACGGGGUUCCAGGAUUGCCAGGAGAGAUUGGACAGAAGGGGCAAGAAGGAAUUGGCAUUCAAGGUGUUCAAGGUCCUCGUGGAGAGCCAGGAGAGAAGGGAAAUCUUGGCCUAAUGGGACCAGUUGGCCCAAAGGGUGAUCAUGGAGAGCAAGGCAUCCAAGGAAUCCUUGGACCUCGGGGAAAGAAGGGAUUCAAAGGGGAGCAGGGGGACAAGGGAGAACGAGGAGAGAUGGGACCAGUCGGACCACUAGGACCCACAGGACUGACCGGGCCAUUGGGGUUAAAAGGAGAUGAGGGUCCAAGAGGUGUCCCUGGAGAUCCUGCCAAGGGCAUAAUUGGCCCAACUGGAAAAAAGGGUGCUAGGGGGGACAUUGGUCCGGUCGGCCCUACAGGACCACAAGGGAUAAAGGGUGAACAAGGAGACAAAGGAGCAAAGGGCAGCCCUGGUUUUGGGAUUCCAGGACAACGGGGAGAAAAGGGGGAAAAUGGUGAGAGGGGAAAUGUUGGUUUGUCAGGAAAGCCAGGACCAAAAGGGCUGGACGGCUUCAAAGGUGACAAAGGAAAUAUUGGAUUACCCGGCAAUCCUGGAGUACCAGGAUUAAGAGGUAAAGAUGGUGCAUUUGGAACUAAAGGAGACUUUGGAAUAAAGGGAGAACAAGGACCCCCUGGAGAGCCUGGUGACAGAGGAAUACGGGGUCCAUUGGGGCUACCAGGGCGACCAGGAGACCCAGGAGAGAAAGGAGACUCUGGGAAAUCUGGCUCACAUGGUACUGAUGGAAAGAAAGGAGACAAAGGGGAGCAAGGAAAACCUGGACCUCCGGGAACACAAAUUUUGGGGGACAAUAACUUACUGACCAGAGUGAUCCAGGGUGAACCAGGAGAGCCGGGUCAGCCUGGAUUGAGAGGAGAAGCGGGUCUACCUGGUCCCGCAGGUCCAGAAGGGAAACCAGGACUACCCGGAUCAUCUCUGGGUGGUUCUGGACCUGAUGGUGUACCAGGGAAACCAGGAGUUAAGGGUACCCCGGGACAAAAAGGAGAGCCUGGUCUGAGAGGAGAAAAGGGAGACCAAGGCCGGGUGGGGAUUGCAGGAAUUCCUGGUUUACCGGGAACUCCAGGCAGACCUGGCAUCGACGGGAAGAGAGGACUGCCAGCAAAAGAUGGAGAAAAAGGAACAAAAGGAGAAGAUGGCAAGAAGGGGGAGAAGGGAAAUGCAGGACAAAAUGGUAAAGAUGGUAGUCAGGGGGAACAAGGACCUCCAGGUUUGCCCGGUAGGCAGGUUCUCGUCACUCCUGAGGGCGCCACCAUUGACGAAAUCCGACAAGCAUUCCCAAUCCCGAUGGGUCCUCCGGGAGCUCCUGGUUCACCGGGAAUGAAGGGUGAUAAAGGAGAAAGAGGCGUGAAAGGAGACACGGGAAAUGUCGGAGCUCCUGGCAAAUCUAUCGACAUGAAGGACAUUGAAGUGAUGUUUGAAGCGUACGGCAUCAGGCUGCCUCUGUUGAAGGCUUUGAUUGACAGGCUACUGCAGGAUGGAAUAGAGGAGCUGCUUCAUGUGCUCAUCACGUCCAAAAAAACAAAAGAAGGAACUCACACCUCCAACGUCAUCACUGAGUACACGAGUUCAGUGAAGUUGGAGCUUACUGGCCAGUCUCCAUCAGACCUAGACUCCAUUAAGGACCCUGAUUUUGGCCGACAGCUUCCAGAAGCUUUUUCAGUCGACCCUUCAAAGGAAACAGCGGAGGGUCCCUCUUUAUGGACAGACACCACGCUUAACGGCGAGCAAGAACUGGACAGGAUUGGGAAGAAGUUGAGAGAACAGGAGAAAGUAGGCGGAGACGGGGACGGAGCAUUUUCUCUCAAAAUUAAUCAGACAGCAGUCAAUUCUACUUUCAAUUCGACUACGACCCAGGAGACGGUUUCAGGGUUACCAGAAAGUGUGCUGGAGACGGUUCUCCUCUCUCAGGAGGACUCUCUGAAGAAGAACUCAGGACAAAAGAAGAAGAACAGGGAACGUGGGAAGGGCAAAGGAAAUAAAGGACGGCAUAAAAGGCAGAGACAACGCCUGACAAAUGAGGAGGACAAGCAAGACAAAGAGGAGGGGGAGGAGGAGGAGGAGUUUUUAAAAGAAGAAGAAUACAGCUAUGAAUAUGAGGAUGAAAUUCAUCCAGAUGACCUGUCUGUCUCUCAGGAGAGGAGUGGCAACAGACAGGAGGAUCAUUUACCCACAAACAGUCCGGCCCAGUUAGAAACACGGGCUGAAACCUCCAGUCGUCCUCUGCCAUCCUCAACCAACAGAGCGACAGAUACUACAACUAAUGUUGCUUUUACAACCACAGAUCCACAACGCAGCGAUGAAAUAGAACAGGACGAAGUGUCACUACCUACACCUCCCAUCACAACAGAACAACCAGACAAGGAUUUUUCUUAAUUCCCAAGAGACUGUGACUGUUUAGAGUUAAAGAAAUCAUAAGAAAACACACAACACACGGAAAGCACUGUGAACUGUUUUGCUGGUGAGGAGCCCUGAACCUGACCCUGAGCGUUUCAUGAGGAAGGACUUCUUUUCACAAAGGGACGAUGUUUUCCACCACACUCCAUUUCUUUUUUGAGCGCUUUUUAUUAGAUGGGGCUCGUUAGAAAAUCAGGCAGAAGUGACAUCCCAGGUUUAAAUUCAUUCUGCAUUAUGUUUAAUGUAACCUUGACUUUAGCCUGCCUACAGCUUCCAAUUUAUUUAUUUAGACAUAUAUUUUUCUGUUACAAGCUUUCUUUAACAUGUGCAACACUUUUAGCCCACUUUUUCUUUGUCAAUUUAUUUCUGAUAUUUUAUUUAUUGAACCAUGAAAAAAAAAAGUGUUUUCUUCUCCCACAAACACCUUUGAAUCACAACAUUAUUCAGACUGUUAUUGUACUUUUAGCCAAUUCUUGCCAACUCAAACAUUCUUUUCACUGGUGAAAUGUUUCUUUGUUGUUACACUGUCUGUCUAAUUUUAAUCUCUUUGUGCAUGUAUCUCUGAGUAAAACUGCUUCAACAACUUUA